AUGGAAUGCCACUCGUCGUUUAAGGAUAUCACCGUGAUCGUUUCAGCUCGCAUAACUAGUAAAUCCGGCCGCCCACGCAAGGCAUGCGACAAUUGCGCCAAAGAGAGAAUUACUUGCGAUGGAAGUCAUCCAUGUAGUGCUUGUCAGUCUCAUGGCGUUCAUUGUACCCGCCAACGUCUUGCAAAUCAUGAUCAUCCUGAGCCGGCUCAGCUAUUAUCAAAUGUUCCGGGUCUUUCCACUGGAAAGCAAAGCAUUUGCAGUGCUUUGCAGUCAGAUGAGCAAGAUCAGGACAAAGUACGUAGUGUACCGUUCUUACUGAACUUUUCACGGUCAGGAAACAGAAAUCUGGGGGAUGUCAAUCAAGUUCUUUCGCAACUUUCGGCAGCAGAGUCCCCUGACGAAAAUUCGAACUCUGCAUUACCAAGUCAUGAGAUUGAGGCCGAUAGAGCAGACCUGUUCUUCGAAGAAUCAUGGGAAAUCUUCUUCGGUUCAUAUAAGAAUGAUGCACAAACUCGAGGCUCGCCACUAGCAAGAGGAUUGGAAGACCCAGAUCAACGCCAGAUGGCAGCUAUACAGAUGAUUGAUUGCAUUACCGGAAUAUGCCAUGACUGCAAAAGAGCUGAAUAUACUCUUGAUGCUGAUAGGAUUCGAGAAUUCUUCUCAGAAGACGCUGUCUACAACUUUAUAGAGGCCUAUUUUGAGCGGACUGUCCGUCCGCGGUCUCGGAUCGUAUUAAAACCAUAUUUCGACCUCGCAACAAUCUCCACUUCACUCCUUCUAUCGAUUUUUUUGAUGGGAGCCAUUUGUGGCACAUCUGAUAGUACUAUCCAAGCUCUUGAAUAUGCCGAAAUGGCGGAACGUGUGGUUUUUGAAAGUCCAGUGCUCCAGGCAUUGAUGCACAGAAAACAAGAUGACGUAGAAUCACUUCAGGAAAGUGAAAUGGAGCUCAUCCAGGCGGCAAUUCUCAUUAUUCUAAUCCAAAUAUCAAGUCCUAACACAGAGACACGGCAUCGGACGCGGAUACAACGAUACCCGGCUCUCGUGUCGGUAGCUCGAGCUACACGUCUGACACAGAUCAAGAAUAACUGGCAAAAAAAUGACAAAUUGAGCUACAAAGAAUUUCUGAAAAAUGAAACUUGUAUCAGGUUUGUUCUUUCAAGCGAAUAA